CUGGAGCUGGAAUGUGGUGACGUUGUGGAACCUCGGGUGGUUGGCGGCGCGAGCAGGAGCGGCGGCGGCUUCUUUGUUGUCGGCGACAGAGACCGUGGCAAGGGGAGGAGGGGGGGGCGGGGAGAAAGAGACAGAGAGAUGAACGUGGACCGGAUCGAGUUGUGCGAGAGCCUCCUGACGUGGGUCCAGACAUUUGGUGUACAGGUGCCAUGCAAGAAAAUAGACGAUUUGACAAGUGGAGUUGUAAUGGCACAAGUCUUACAGAAAAUAGAUCAGUCAUGGUUUGAUGAAACCUGGAUGAGUCGUAUCAAGACAGAAGUGGGGGACAACUGGCGACUAAAGGUUAGCAAUUUGAAGAAAAUUUUGAAAGGAAUUAUGGAUUAUUAUCAUGAGGUCCUGGGACAACAGAUUACUGACUUUCCUUUGCCAGAUGUUAAUAUGAUAGGAGAACACUCAGAUGCAGCAGAACUUGGACGAAUGCUACAGCUCAUUCUUGGCUGUGCUGUCAACUGUGAGCAAAAACAAGAACAAAUACAAACUAUCAUGAUGAUGGAAGAGUCUGUUCAGCAUGUUGUCAUGGCAGCCAUUCAAGAGCUUAUGAGUAAAGAAACUCCAGCAUCAGUUGGGAACGAUGCUUAUCUGGAUCUUGAUCGCCAGUUGAAGAAAACUACUGAAGAGCUAAAUGAAGCAUUGGCUGCCAAGGAGGAAAUUUCGCAAAGAUGCCAUGAACUCGACAUGCAGGUUGCAGCUCUACAAGAAGAAAAAGGCAGUUUACUAGUGGAAAAUCAAGCUCUUAUGGAACGCCUCAACCAAUCUGAUUCUAUUGAAGAUCCAAACAGCCCAGCAGGACGUAGACACCUUCAACUACAAACUCAGUUGGAACAACUACAAGAAGAGACCUUUAGAUUGGAAGCAGCAAAAGAUGAUUAUCGCAUUCGAUGUGAGGAACUUGAAAAAGAAGUUUUAGAAUUACGACAACAGAAUGAGGAGCUUACGAGCCUUGCAGAAGAAGCUCAGUCUUUGAAGGAUGAGAUGGAUGUGCUUAGGCAUUCUUCCGAUAAAGUGAGUAAGUUGGAGGGCAUGGUAGAGUCAUACAAAAAGAAGCUGGAAGAUUUGGGUGACUUGCGUCGACAGGUGAAGCUUCUUGAGGAAAAGAAUACAAUGUACAUGCAAAACACAGUCAGUCUAGAGGAGGAGUUACGAAAAGCAAAUGCUGCAAGAGCCCAACUGGAAACAUACAAGAGACAGGUUCUUGAACUUCAAAACAGGUUGUCUGAAGAGUCAAAAAAGGCAGACAAAAUGGAGUUUGAAUAUAAAAGAUUAAAGGAAAAAGUGGAUACUCUUCAAAAAGAAAAAGAUAGGUUAAGAACCGAGAGAGAUUCUUUGAAAGAAACUAUUGAAGAGCUGCGAUGUGUUCAGGUGCAUCAAGGCCAACUUUCAGCCGGACUUAUUCCAAUGAAUAGUCAAGAGGCAUCAGACAGUUUAGCAGCCGAGAUACUCACACCUGAAAUCAGGGAAAAGCUUAUCCGGCUGCAACAUGAAAACAAGAUCCUGAAGUUGAACCAAGAGGGAUCAGAUAACGAAAAGAUAGCUCUACUGCAAAGCUUGCUGGAGGAUGCCAAUAGAAGGGAGAGUGAACUGGAAACAGAGAAUAGGCUAGCCAAUCAAAGGAUUUUGGAAAUACAGUCUCAGGUUGAAGAGCUUCAGAAGGCAUUGCAAGAUCAGGGCUCAAGAGCAGAAGAUUCAAUUCUUCUGAAAAAGAAACUGGAAGAACAUCUGGAGAAGCUUCAUGAAGCCCACACCGAGCUUCAGAAGAAACGAGCUUACAUUGAUGAUUUAGAACCAAAAUACAAUAACAGCUCUCAAAAAAUUGAAGAGCUUCAAGAGGCCUUGAGAAAGAAAGAUGAAGAUAUGAAACAAAUGGAGGACCGAUACAAAAAGUAUCUAGAAAAGGCUAAGAGUGUUAUCAGGACUUUGGAUCCCAAGCAGAACCAAGGAGCAGCCCCAGAAGUUCAAUCUUUGAAAAAUCAGCUGCAAGAAAAGGAACGAAUGUUGCAUUCCUUAACGAAAGAAUAUGAGAAGACAAAGAUCCAGAGAGAUCAUGAAGAGAAGCUGAUUGUUAGUGCAUGGUAUAACAUGGGAAUGGCUCUUCAUAAAAAAGCAGCAGAAGAAAGGCUUGCCAGCACUGGUUCAGGACAGUCCUUCCUGGCUAGACAGAGACAGGCAACAAGUACACGGCGACCUUAUCCUGGGCAUGUUCAACCAGCAACAGCAAGUAUUUCAGCUAUCUACAUUUUCUAUCAUGAGAAAAGACCAUUCAGCCAUCAAAUCUGCUCUCUCUGGGUCAACACUCCCAUCACAACAUCCAGCUCUAUUUGGAACAAACCUAACAUUUUUACCUUUUCUACCUUGCCUGGCAUAUAAUUUCACACAUUUAUCAUUCUUUAGGAGAUGUACUUCUGCCUGAUUCCUGCUAUGGAAUAUUUUCACCCAUUUCCACUUAUGCUUUCCUUCUGUUCACUUGAAGCAGUGAUGUGAAAUUAUGUUUCAGUGUUACAUACUUUGCUGUGCCUUGAUGGUCUUAUUUCCAGGAUAUAAAGCGGUUUCUCAUUGGGUUUGGAUUUCUUUCUUCUGUGUUCUUUACAGCAUAAGUACAUAUCUCUUUUUGUGAUGUGCUGUUUAGAAUUGGAUUCACUAAUUUAUGCAUAAACACCAGAAAUGCCAAAAAUGCUCAAUAGGUCAAGCAGUUGGCACUUCAAGCAUGAUGUUCAUCAGCAUCUGCAGUAUUUUACGUCUGUUUCGUAGUACAGUAAAUUGUCCCACCAAGAUACUAGAAAUCUUACAACAACUUCAUGGGCUUCUACUAAUUAUCUUAUAUGAGCUGUUUAAAAUACUUAGUCAUACUAGCUAUAUGUCAGAAAAGUCUCCUCUUCUGAUUCUUUUCUAAAUAUGUCUGAACUCCAUUGUAGUCCUCGAUAUAAUUUUUGAUCUAUAUGUUGAUCAAUAGCCAGUUUUUACUUUUUUUUGGAAAAGCUAUUUUACCAUUCUAGAGCUAGCCCAACAAAUUUGAUGCAUUUAAUUUCAAGUUUCGUAUGGGCUAAAAUCGUCCCUUUACAGUCUUUGUUUAAUACCUAUCUUCAGUCUGUUGACACACCUUGGUUUUCUUUUUAACCAGUUUCUUGCCUGGUCCCUUGUUCUUGUAAUUAAACUUGAAGAAAAGGACGAGGCCAAGGAUUGCGCUCCCAUCAUGUUGAUCCCAAAAGAAUGUUAGGUCUUUGUGAAAAUAUUUUAUCCAACUUGUAGCAAAAAGCAUUCUUCAGAAGGCCCUACCUUUCUAAAUUUUUGCUGGCAGUUUCUAAUAAAGUAAUCCUUGUACAGAUUCUCUUCUAAAACCGUCCCUUUUAAUAAAGAUUUACUUCAGUUUAAAUUAUGUACUUGGCUGCAGAAUAGUUUGAUACCAGGAAAAAUCAGAUGAUUGGUAGUUUAGAUGCUUUUCCGAACUCUUUCUCUCCCCCCCCCCCCCCCCCCCCCACCAAUUGUUGUUGUUUUUGUUUGUGUAGGCAAAUAAAAUCUAGAAGGUGUAUUCUUGUCAAAUGAAUAGAAAGAUUUAUUAUGCUUUAUUUCUUCCUAUGAUUAAAUGUAAAGAUAUUUGAAGUUUAAGUUUUGCAUUAAAUCAACUACUUUUGCAAAGUCCUUUGAUAAAUCACAAGUUACAGAAUUGUUGCAUUAUUAUGAGCUAUGAUAUGAGCUUUCAACACUUGCUUCACAAUGGCUUAAGUAGCAGAAAUUGAGACAAUUUGCCAAAAUGCAUUAACAUUUGUAUUAUGAAAUUUGCAUUAUUACUGAAUGUUGUCAGUGCCCUUAGUUGUUAUCAAUAGGUGCACCAUUCAGAAAAACCUAUCCUCUUCAUUUAUCAGCUACUUUUGUUGCUUACGCAGGUUACAUUACUGUCAAUAAUGAUUGAGUACCUGGUUUGGAAAAUAAUGUCUGAGUUGCUCAUUUUUGAACUAUUGAUGAUUAGUCAAGUGGUGUUUUAAUACAAAAAAGAUUAUGAUAAGCAUGAUGACUUGCAAUAACUUAUUUAUUUUGUAACAAUAUUCCAUUCUGGUAGUUAUCAAAUUUAGAAGCACUAACCCUUCCCAGUAAACGCUAUAUAAAAGGCAUGCAAAUUAAUCUGUUUUUUUUUCCUUUAAUAAUUUGUUUUUGUUCUU